UUAGAUGGUCUGAUGUUGUAGUACAAUUGCUAUGGAUUUUGGUGGACUUUUUAUAGCUACAGUAGAUCUAUAUGAGGUGUGAAAAUUUUAAAUAGGAACCCGUGCAAUGAUGCAACAAAUAAUGGUCUUGGUAGUGGGUGACAGGUUAGACCCUACUUGGAAACGUUAUCGUAAAACAGUUUUCUGUUUUAAUAAUUAUAACAAAGAUUUAUUUGGAUAUUUUUCCUUAUUGAGAAUUAUUCUAGAAAAUCUUAAAUUAACAACAAGAAAUAGAACAAUGCGGGGUUGUUCUCAUUUCUUAACACUGUUCUCGCCCAUAUAGUAUCUUUACUAUAUUAUAACAUAUAGGAUUCAAUUAUACAGAGUGGUAUGGACCGGAUCAGUACUGUAAUAUAAUACCAUUUACUUAUAUUAUUCUUUUAAUGAUACCAUUUACUUUCUGCUUAACUCGAGCAGACAUAAGCCUCCUCAAAAGGUUAAAACCAAUACUCUAAAACUCUUUUUUGCAGAAAAUUACUGGAAAUAAUAAAGAAUAUUAAACAGUAGUCAUAACCUUCUUUUGAGGCAUGUGGCUUCCUUAGUUAUAGAAUUGUAAUAACUGAACCCUGACAAGUCUAAAAAGUUAUAAUAUAAAAUCACCCUUCAAAAUUAUCAUGAUGUUGUAUCCUCCCUCUUUAGCCUAACUGGAUACCCUAUACUGUGUUUUACAUCUGGCCGACGACCUUUUAAGGCUUAGUUGGUGAUUAAGAUAGGGCAUUUACCCACAUCUGGCUCCUGUUAGGAGUUGUCAAGUGUUCCUAGAGGUCUCAUUUCAUGUUUGAGACUGUAUAGGAUUUGGCAUACCCAAUUCCUGUAAAUAAUAGGGUCCUGUAACAAUGCACAGAGGCAGUUGCCCAGCAGAUUGCAUGCAUAUGACAUGGUGAUAUGGUGUAAAAUGCAGCUUGGACACUGGCUCUUUAAGAAUGGGAAGUGAGCAAUCAUUCGGGUGUUGGGGUAGCUCUCUAAUAUCAUGGAUUGGUGGCAGUCAAUUCGGAGACGCUUCAGGAGGAAGCUAGCAAUCACUCAGGCAUUGAGUGCAGCAGAUGGUGGAUGACUCAGGAAUGAGGGUCAAAUUUUCCCCUCACAAUGGAAGUUAGUGACUCUGAACCAUUGAACACAGAACCAUUGGACACAGAGACAGCACCAUCAACUACAAGGCGCAGGAGAAAGAAGUCAAUGGUCUGGGAACACUUCACUGUUGAAGUUGUCUCUGAUGGGUGUACACGGGCUUGCUGCAAACUGUGCAAACAAACCUUUGCAUAUAGUAAUGGUUCAAAGGUAGCAGGUACGAGUCACCUAAAGAGGCACAUUGCACUGGGUUCCUGUCCUAAAAUCAAGAAUCUGGAAAAUCAACAACAUGCGCUUGCUUCAGCUACAAGAAUUGAUGGAGAUACAUCUGAUCCACCCAAAAAACGCUACAGAACAUCUGGUUUUGUGAAUGUUUUUGACCAGGAACAGAGCUACAUGUAUCUUGCAAAGAUGAUAAUUGUGCAUGAAUAUCCACUUCAUAUGGUUGAAAACCCUGCUUUCGUGUCCUUCGUUCAGAGUCUCCAGCCACGAUUUAAAAUGAUUGAUGUCAAUGCCAUGGAAGGUGAAGUCUUAUCUGUAUAUCACAAGGAAAAACAAAACCUCAUGCAGAUUUUCGGAACUAUGCCGGGAAGGAUCAGCCUCACUAUGGGUCUGUGGACCACUAGUCAGACUCUUGGGUAUAUUUGCGUUAGUGGACAAUACAUUGACAGUGACUGGAAGUUACACAGAAGAAUGAUUAAUUUCAUGUUGGUAUCCUCACCUCACUCAGAAAAUGCUCUUAGUGAAGCAAUUAGUGUUAGCCUUUCAGAAUGGAAUAUGAAGACCAAGUUGUUCACCAUUACUUUGGACAACAACUGUUCAUCACAUGACAUCUAUAGUGCUAAUCUCAGAGACCAUCUUUCAAAUAAGAACACACUUAUGCUAAAAGGUCAGCUGUUUGUUGUACGUUGCUAUGCCAAUAUCUUGAAUGUAGUUGCACAGGAUGUUAUUGCUUCAAUUCAUGGUAUUGUGUAUAACAUCCGGGAGAGUGUGAAAUUUGUUAAAGCUUCUCCAGCACGGGAAGAAAAAUUUGCUGAGAUUGCCUUACAAAUUGGAAUUCCUGGUACAAAAGCCCUUUCUCUUGAUGUUACAACACUGUGGAACACAACUUAUCUUAUGAUGGAGGCUGCACUGGAGUACAAAGAGGCAUUUACUUUCUUGGAAACAUGCGAUGAUAAUUAUAAUGAAGCACCAUCCGCUGAUGACUGGAAGAAGGUGGAAGUUGUUUGCACAUUCCUGAAACUUCUUUAUGACUCGGCACACACUAUCAUGACAACAAUAGAUCAAACUGCAAAUGUAUUUUUCCAGGAAGCAUGGAAAGUCCAGCUAGAGCUGGCUAAUGGAACAUUGAGUGAGGACACAAUGGUGAGCAGCAUAGCUAAGGAGAUGCAUGAAAAGUUUGACAAAUAUUGGAAAGAUUGCAGCCUUGUGUUGGCAAUAUCUGUGGUUAUGGAUCCUCGGUUCAAAAUGAAGCUAGUUGAGUUCAGUUUUGCAAAAAUUUAUGGUGAAGAUUCUGCUAGAUACAUUAAGGUAGUUAAUGAUAGUAUUCAUGAGUUAUAUCUCGAGUACGUUUCCCAGCCACUCCAAUUGAUGCCUGCUUAUGUGGAUGAAGGGGAGGCCAAUCACAUGAAUGGCAACGACAACAAUCCACCUGCAACCCCAAAUUCCACAGGAGAUGGGCUUCUAGACUUUGAUGUCUAUCUCUCUGAGAUGGCAGUGAAUCAGUCGACAAAAUCUGAGUUAGACCAGUACUUGGAAGAGUCACUUGUCCCACGGAUUCAAGGGUUUGACAUCCUUAACUGGUGGAAGCUCAACAACCUCAAGUAUCCAACUCUAUCCAAGAUGGCUAGAGAUGUCCUGGCCAUCCCUGUAUGCAUGGUGGGCACAGGCUGCUCCAUUUUUGGCUCAGGGACUGGAAGCAGAGUGCUAGAUGAUUAUCGGAGUUCUUUACGCCCCGAGACAGUAGAGGCUCUUUUUUGUGCAAAAGACUGGCUCCAGUAUUUACCCACUAUGACAGAACCACCAUCAACUGCCAUUGUGAAAUUGGAGUUCUAGCGCAUCAACAAAAUACAUCCUGUAGCAUUACAAAUAAUUGCAGUAUUAGAUGAGGUUUGUCACCCAUGAUUAGUUGUUUCAUUUCUAGAGCAGUAAUUCAACGUUGCCAGAUCUGAACUUUGUGGUUGCUGUUUGUCCUAUUAGCAUGUUUUAGCCAUGUCCAGUUUUCAUCGGCCGCUGCUUCUUUGGUAUUACUGAUUAUCCAAGAUAUUCUGCUUAAGCAUGCCAUGUAGCCCUCAAUUUAUGCUGUUAAUCAUUGUUUCAA